AUGGCACCGAGACGGAAUGGGCUCCUUGCUGGGGCCACGGCGAUCUUCGUCGCCAUCUCGUGCUUCAUACAGCCGGCCAGUGCCGUCAAGAUCAUGAUUGUUGGGGACUCCAUUACCCACGGCACUGAGGGUGAUUACACCUGGCGUUAUCGGCUUUGGCAACUCCUUGCAGGGCAAGGUCUCGACUUUGAAUUCGUCGGACCAUAUAUGGGCACCAAGACUCCGGCCACCUUUAGCCGCGAAGGACCUCCACGCUUCGAGGGCGAGUCUGCGCCGCCCGAGCCACUUCAAGUGACCGGAUACUACGCUCUCGAUAUCGAUCCGAGAAUGCAAAUGCACCAUUACUCAUAUUGGGGCCGCCAGGUAGCGCAGCACAUGAACACCAUCUACCAGGAGGUGGCCAAAUUCCAGCCCGACAUAUUGUUGGUGGAGCUCGGAUUCAACGAUCUGGGUUGGUUUGUGUCUGGCCCUGAAGGCACUCUACAGAGCAUGAAGACCUUUGUUGACAACGCCCGCCGCGCCAAUCCCAAUAUCAAAUUCGCAAUUGCCAACGUGCCCCAGCGCACCUUUAUCGACGGCCGCAAGGACCUCCCCGUCAUUACCGCUCAGUACAACGGCAUGCUGGCGCGGGCGAUUCCUCAGUGGAGGAACGGACAGUCACCUAUCGUUUUGGUUGACUUCCGGCAUGGCUAUACAUGUAAGUCGAUGCAGAGAGUUAGCUACGAUGGCUUGCACCCAAACGCACGAGGAGAGUACGAGAUUGCACGCGUUUUUGGCGCUGCCCUGCAGAAGUUCGGGGUGGGGUCACGAGAGUUGAUCAUCCCGACCAACAUUCCGCCGAGACGAUGCGUGAUCCCUGCGAACAUCCGAGCUCAGAGCAGUCCAGCCGGUAUUACCGUCACAUGGGACACGGCAUAUGGCGCAUUUGGGUACAAGUAUCGCUCUCGCAAUGUUGGCAGCGGCGACUGGGAAGAGCCCUGGUACUCAUGGCCGUCUAAUCAACUUGAGAGCGGCUGGGUGCUCGAAGGGCAAGAGAUCGAGUACCAAGUGCGGUCCAUCUGCGGCGAGAAUUACUAUUCCGACUGGACGGCCGUCGUGUCUGCAAGGGCCACUCCGCAGAACCAGGGCAUUGCCGGACCUCCCGCCGACAGCGUCAGGAUUGUGCCGACCGACGACGGCUUCACGAUGAGCUGGGCCGCGCCGCCAGGUGUCGCCGUGGAACGCUAUGGCCUGCUCCACUUCGACACGGACACGUACCACGCCUUCCUUAACAAGUUUGGCGUAGCGGGUACGAGCCACACAGUCAGAGGUCUGAAGCGCGGUAAUCGCUACGCGGUUGCUGUCGAGGCAUGGACGACAGGCGGCGUUGCCACUUUGCCCAGCGGCGCACGAGGCGUCAUCCCGGGUGGUGGGAGGCCCGGCAGACCCACCAAUCUGCGCAUCGUGGCACGGGACGGUGUCACAGUUAGGAUCAAUUUUGACGCCGUUCCGGGCGCGGCUGGCUAUCAACUCUACACACGCAACGUCAAUCAGGCCGGAUCUGUCCUCGUAGCUGACCCCUUCUCCAGGCGGAGCAACUGUUACGGCGUCACCUUCCUCUUUCCCGGCGCUUGGAACUUUGAGUACUGCCUGAUGGCUUACAAUGGCAAUCUGGAAUCUGACAUGUCCUGCAUCAUGGGACCU